AUGGGAGAAAACCGUCAGAAAGUCAAAUAUGUUCAUAGUUCGUUCAAGAUCAAUCUAAAUGACAACACCAUUGUCGAGGAAUCCAACGAACCUGUUGGUGCUGAAUGGGGAUUUGAUUUUUCUCCAUUUGAGUCUGUUGUGGAAGACCCUGAUGAUGACGGCAAGUCAUUCAAAAGCCAUUUUGAUGUUAUUGGUUUUGUGGUUAAGUGUCUUCCGUCAGAGGAUAAAACUGAACAUAAUAACGGCAAAGAUGAGAAGAAGAUUUACGUUACUUUAUGGGUGGUUUAUGCUGAUCAAAUUAUAGAAUUUCAAAAAAACCAUAAGGAUGAAAAGAAUGUUGUUGUCGUUGUUCAGUUUGGCAAGUACCGGUUUUGGGGAGGAAAUUUGUUUGUCUCCAAUUUGUAUACUGUAACUCGAGUGUUCAUAAACACUGAAAUUCCCGAGAUUUUGGAAUUUAAGAAAAGUUUCCUUACUCAGCUUAAUACGUCAACGUCUUCCGGUUACUCUGGAUUGAGUUCCCCUGUUAUGAAGUCAAUGGCUGAGGAGUAUCUAUCUGAUAUUUCCUUUAGUACGAUUGGAGAAUUAAGCGAAAUAUCCGAACAAAAGUUUGUUAUUAUCCUGGAAACAAUUAAAAGCUUUGCUUCAGAAGACUCAUGGUUUUACAAUGCAUGUAAAACUUGCAACAAAAAGGUUCUUACGAACACUAUUUGCAAGGACAAGGAAGAUGGAAGUCAAGGAUAUGAUGAAGUAACUGUCUUUGAAUGCCAAACUGAUCGUUGCAAUAAAAGGACUGUUGUGUCUGUUCCCAGGAUCAAACUUCUAACACGUGUUCAGGAUUGUACCGGGAUUGUCACUUUGACGUUGUUUGAACGUGAAGUUGUUAGACUGCUAAAUGUUAACGCAAACCAGCUUUUGGAUAAUAACAUGGAGAUGUAG